UUUACUCGAAGUCAUUGUAGCAAACUCGAUGGCAGGAUAAGUCAACUUGCCAGUAUGAAUAGAAGUAUAAGUGGAAUCAGCAAAAAUAUAGACACGAUGCUAAAACUGAAAGAAGAAAAGAUAAUAGGAGAGGGCAAGUAACUGUAGAAUCAGCAAAUAAACACAGUAUUCAUGCCUAUAUGACCAACGAUAGCAGCCACGUGUAGGUAUAGGUGUAACAAACGACCGACGAUCCCAGGAGUCGAUCACAGUGACAGCGAUAGUGAAGAAACAAAUGUAGCUGAAGAAAAAAGAAGAUAAGAGCAAUACAGGUGCAAAAGCUACAACGGUAAUCCGUAAGAUUAAAACGCUUGAAGGACAAAAUAAUUUAGGAGUGGAAGAUUUUAUACGGGAUAUACGAAAUGCGAGGCUACAAUGCAACGAUAAGUACAUGCUAUUGAAAUUGAUACUAUUAGAAAAGCUGUACAAUAAAAAUAUUAAUGAUUAUAACAUCCGCUUUAGAAGAGGACUCAAAGAACUCAAGUACGCAGCACAAAACAAGCACAAAAUUGCAAUAAACAGAAGAAUAGUAAUAGAAGAAGGAAACAUAGAUAAGCAAAUUUAUAUUAUCAACAUUAAACCUGAAAUUGAAACAAUCCUGAUGGCAAAUGAACCAGCCACUGUGGAGAAAUCGGAAGGAAAAACAAUGAAGAUGGAAGCCAAAGUUAAAAGUCAAUAUAGACCUAUCCCAGAAGAUGGAAUGGCUAGCCAACCUUCAAUCUCUGAAUAUAGACAUGCAAUAUCCAAAAGCCAUUUGAUUUUAGGCAAUGAAGGAGUAAAGCUUCAUACUAACGUGAACCUCGCAUCAGGUGAGGGCCACGUCAAGGAAGCCAUGAUAGAAAGCAAACAAACGAUG